AUGCAUUACUCAUUCAUUUUCCCUUCAUUGCUCAUUGGCGCUAGAUUGCGGCGCCUUUUUCUUCUGCGAAGACGAUGUCUACGAGAUGAGGCCAAGGCCAAGGCCGAGGAUAAGGACGAGGACGAGGACAUGGACGAGGAUGGGGAUGUGGCUCGGGAUCAGUGCUGGGGCAGUCCAAUCAGAACAAUUCCGCUCAUCGAACAGUACACGAUGGAAGAGAUGCCCGGCCGGGCAGAUGAAGUUUCACCUUUCGAUGGUCUUUUGGCCACGGAGUUUCCAUUGCGUGAUGACGGUGUCAUAAUCACGCCGAAUGCGAGCUACAUACCCAAAUUCCCAGCAGUACUCAAUGGGCAGAUGGCGACGCAGCAUGAUGGACGUUGGGGUCCCCAGGAGUAUUUGAGGUGGCCGCAGAUGUUUGACCAAAAGGUCAUACAUCACAUGUGUAUACCGGGUAUGGCUGCUGUGUUGGAGGCAGAUGCGAUGGUUCUGUGGGACAAGAUCAGGUUAUGGGAGUGGGAGGUGGAUUCGACCUGCAGUGUACCCGAUCUGGGCUUUCUGACAGAGGAGAAGUUCAAUGCGCUGGCUGAGGCAGCACUGCGAGUGAUGGACAAUUUUACUCGCCAGCUUGGCAGAGCAACUUCAGAGAAGAUGAAACCUGGCCAGCAACUCAUACUGAUGCUGGGUCAGUGUCUGGACCGUCUUCACCUCCUCCCGAUGACUUGCACCCAUGUGAUCGCACUUGGGGCACACAUGCAACACCUCACACUCAAGCUGUGGGGGUUUGUCAACUAUUACAAUGUUGUCGUCGGUCGGCUGGAGAUGCCAACCCUCCACAGGAAACCCGAUUGGGAUAUUUUGCCUGUACGAGGUGCUUUCACGAAUGACGCCAAUGUCGUGCAUUCGUUGUUCUGCGUCGGCAUACCAUUUUGGUUCAUCCAGACUAAGACAGAGAAAACAAAGAUCGAGAAAUGGGCUAGUCCUGUGUUGGUGAGCUAUGAGCUAAGCCUGGAAAUGUCAUGGCCGCACCUGCUCAGGCAUGAGAUGGACCUUGUGGGAAUCUUGCACCGUGCGGGUGAAUGGCCUGCUAGGAUGUUGCAUGAGGCUAUGGCUGCUGUCUGCACUGCCGGCCUGCCUCUGCUCGAAGGCGCAUCCGAAGUCUCAACUGCUGAACAACCCCCACAGAAGAAGCAGAAGGAUGACAAACUCCCAUCUGCGCAACUCCCAACCAUGCAGCAGAGUGACGGCCGAGCCGAUUUGCAGCCCUUGGGCAGUGCGGAGUCCACCAAAAAGUCCAAGCUGCUCGUGGUGUGCAAGGGUUCAGAUAUCCCUUUCGUUAUUCUCACAUGGGGAAUACGGCGUGAGGACUAUCUUAAAUUCAAGUUCAAGCAGUUCUUUAUCAAGACAGUGCUUAUUGACGACUCUCAAGGCUUAUUGCCAUACCAGCGGUACUGCCCUCAUUUGAAGAAGUUUGUCAACUAUCCAAAGCACAUGGAUAAGCAGUAUUUGCUUCCGGGUGACACUCCUGUUUACCGCGAAAAGGGCAGCACUUGGAAUCUGAGUGCUGCUCAGAUUGCUAACAUACAGGUUUCAGCAACUGCUCAUCUGCCUGCGCUCAUGGCCGCUAUCAACACGUUUGCGAAGAACAUUCUCACCACCCCAUCCUCAUCUUCUGGUGGAUCUCAGAGCACGCUUUUGAUGCCUUUGACGUCCUUAUCCAGCUGGGUUUGCGAUGCUGCUAGCAGUUCAAGCUCGAGUAGAUACGUGGCCAAGCAUUCACUGUCACCCGAUGUGGGGACGGAGGGUAGAAAAUUCAGACUGAUGGAUAAGGGGAAGGCGCGUGAGGUGAUAGAGUGUGACAUUAAGCUUACAGAUGAUGAGGUGGAAGCAGAGAUCAUACCUAACGACAACGUCCUGGGUGAGAUCAUCGAGAUUGUGGAUGGCAAGGAAUAUUACUACAUUAUGUAG